CCCCAAUGAGCAUCGGAGUGCUCUCAGCUGAGCAAGCCGAUAGAACACUGGGCUCGGUUCAAGCAAAACAUAGACCAGCCGAGCUCAAGCUGGAAAGCAUUAAAGUGUGGCCUUCCAUGGAACCUGCCAGCCAACUCCCCUCCAGACCACCCCAUCCUAUACGCUGAUAAGCCGAAGUUUGCCAGUCAAACACCAUCGACCUGUACCCCAAAACGCCCUCCAGCAGCGUCCCUCGAGAAGCUCCAGCCCCACAUACAUACUCCCCUUUCCCUGCGCAACCUAUCUCGAAUAUCCACCCAGAUAAUUCACCAUAAUUCGCCAUGGGUUUCAAACGUUUAUCUGUUUCUGCUCUGAUUGUCGCCUUGGCCUUGGCCAAUGUCGCGCUUGGAGCCCCAGUUCCUAAUCACAUCUCCGGUGCUUCACAUGAAUCCCACUUGGCUUCUUCAGCGCAGUCGCUCAGCUCGGCUCAUGAUCAUGAGACACGCUCUCUUAAGCUUGUCGCGCGAGACCAGGACACCAACAACAAGACGAAGGAAACUGACACGGCCGCUACCAAGCAAGCCGACGGCCAAGCCAUUAGUCAGGACAACAAGAAGGAGAGUGGCAUGAACCAGAAUGCCCAUUCCGAUCAGCAGAAUGAGAAAACACAGGAUGCUAAGCUAUCCGGAGCCGAUCCCAAAGACGGGCAAGCUGCGAAAGGCAAUCUGAACGCCAAGGUAGCCGACAAGAACAUCGAGCCUAAAGUUGGUCAACCGAACACCGAAGACCACGGCGAGGAAAGCGAGUCCAAGCCAGCUGACUCCAAGCUUCAGGCCCAGGGCACCGAGCAACAUGGUGAAGGCCAGAAGGACCCAAAAGCCGCCGAGAACAAGCCCGCUCAGAACAAAGCUGAAAACAAGGCAACCGCCGAUCCGAAAUCGAUCCAGCCAUCCGCCGAAGAAAAGUCUAACACUGUCGCCGAAUCGAACCCACCCACAGCCGACACCAAGCAUGAAACUGGGCAACAAUCUGCGGGAGAGGCAUCAAAGUCACACGAUGAAGCUAAAGGAAAUCAACAUACUCCUGAGAAUAAGCCCAACCUGAACACCAAGCCUGCUGAAGAUCAUUCGGCCACGGAGAAGGCGGCCCCACCGACUGUCGAGAAUCAUCCCGGUGCGGAUGCCCAAAGCGCACCAUCAGCUCCAGAAAAAUCGAACCCGGAAGCGAAAGGAACCCACCCAGCUUCCCCAGAGAGCAAGCCAGCCGCCGAUGCCAAAGCAGCUCCCCCCUCUCCUGAAAGCAAGCCCACCGACACCAAAGCCGCCCCGCCAACCGCAGCAAAUAAUGCAGGCGCAGAGGCAAAAGCCAACCCAGCUGCUGCUGACAAGUCGAUUCCGGAAUCAAAAGCCCACUCGCCUAAUACCGAAAACAAGCCGGCCGAAAACAAGGCAAGCACGGAGGCCAAAGUAACCCCGCCAGCUCCUGAAUCGAAUCCAAAACCAGAAGCUAAAGCUGCGCCUCAAAAUGCGGAUAAUAGCAUUAAAGUGAACGCGGACGCCAAGAAUGCUCCUUCAACUGCAAACAAGCCGUCCAACACUGACGCUAAAGCCAGCCCACCAGCUCCUGAAAGCAAGCCAGCUGCCGACACCAAAGCCACUUCGGCAACCACUGAAAGCAAGUCCAACACGGACCCCAAAUCGAACCCUCAGACUACCCAAAGUAGUAAGACUUCUGACCCCGAUACCAAGGCCGCUUCUUCUGCUGAUCAUCAGCAGAAUAUCGACCCUAAACUCGUCCAAUCUAACCCUGAAACUAAGUCCCUUCAGCCUAACAAUACCCCCGCUGGUGCUCUGAACGCUCAAAUUCACUAAAAAUGGAGAGAUGAAGACUUUCGAUUUUUACUUUUUUUGUUUUCUCUUCGUAUAUCUUUUCGUUAGGAUUUGUUAGUCUUGCUCAGUCGAAAUUUGUUUGUAAUGUAUUAUCCAUCUCUCGCUCUCCUAGUCCUUGUUUGUCUUGUCUUGCCUCUCAGCUUAUCUUGUCUGUCCAUUCAAUCUCUCACUCGAUCCAUAGUUGUUCUCCUGGAGCGGUGUCUCCCUGAUCGUUAGCUUGUUGUUUGUUCUAACUUGAGUAGUAUAAAUCAAUAUCCAUCCCAACUCUUUAUCAAGUCCAAUUCUAGAGCCAUCUGUCCCAAUGAUCACUACCGAUGCUCCUUGGGUAUGGCUCUCGUCUACGGGAGGUUUA